UCUUCACCUGUUCCAUUCAGUUCAUCUCUCUUAGCGUUUCAAGUUAAAAAGCAAGUAGUUUUUUACGAUGGAUAACAAUUUCAAGUGUUGUAAACCUCUACCUAAAUCAAAAAAGUGUUGUUCAGAUACAAGAAAUUUGUCAGAUGGAGUAAUAGAAAAAUUAAAAUGUUUUGGCUGUAAAAUACCUCUGGAUAGUUCUUUGAAAAUUUGUAGUAGAUGUCGUCUUCAAGUUUACCGUUUGCCAUCAAACAAAACGCCUUCGAAUGACGGAAUGCAGCAAGAUCUGGAACAACCUUCUACCAGUGGUGUACGCUCAACAGCACCCAUAGAUAUCGAGAGUGAAUCCAUGGUGAAUAUCAUCCCAUCGGUUACGUCUCUGGCUUCAUCGACUUCAGCAGAUUCUGUUGUUAAUAGAAUCUGUUUGUCCCAUAAUAUUGAGACAUUCAACCAAGGUAUCAUGGGUAUCCAUGUAUCACCGAUUACGACAAAGAGGCUGAGAAGCGCGUGUUAUCCUCAACAGAAAACCAAAGAAAUCAUGGAUGGGGUUAAGCGACACAUAUUCGAUCUUUCGGAAGAUGAUGACCAAGGAAUCCUCAACGCCAAGGCUAAGGAUUACGAUGAAAUGAUGAGCCAACUAAAGGAAAAAUACGCAGAUCCGGAAUGCACUCGAGAAGAAAAGACCCAAGUAUUAUCCGUAUUACCAAAAUCUUGGCCUGUACAAAGAAUCAUGGAUGAAUUCGGUGUCAACAGAUAUACUGCAGCACAGGUAAAAGAUUUGGUCGCCGAAGAUGGAAUAUUAUGUUCCCCUCGUUCCAAAGCAGGACAUGGACUGAGAGCAGAGUUAGUAGAUACAGUUGUGAAAUUCUACGAAGAUGACGAUAUAAGCAGAGUUAUGCCGGGCCAAAGAGAUUAUGUCUCUGUAGUGACGGGUGGUGUACGCCAGGUAAUACAAAAACGUCUACUAACAAUGUCGCUCAAAGAAACAUACUUGCAUUUUGCGGAAACCCAUAAAGAUAUCAAUAUUAGCUUUAGCUCAUUUGCAGCCUUACGACCAAAAAAUUGUAAACUUCUUAGUAAAUCAGGAUCUCAUAAUGUUUGUGUAUGUACGAUUCACGAAAAUGUUAAUCUAAUGUUGAACAGCCUGAAAAAAGAUCGCAUAUUAUGUGAUCGCACUAUCUAUAUGGAACAACUUCUUUGCGAUUUACAAUCUAGAACAGACUUUUGCCAUCUUCGAACGUGCAUGAAUUGUUACGAUACGUCAUUAUCCGAAACAAAAUUAUUAGAAAUAUUGGAAGAGAAACAAAUAUUAGAAGUGUCAUUUGAACAGUGGACUACGACAGAUAGGUGUAAUAUUGAGUUGAAAACUUUGCCUUCCGAAGAUUUUUCAUUUUUCUUUACGGAAAAGUUAGACAAAUUAAUAUAUCACGAUUUUAUAAAAAAUAAGCAGGCAGAAUUCUUAAAAACAAAAAAACAAACACUAGAAGAUGGCGAAGUCGUUGUUAUUUGCGACUUUUUUGAAAACUACACAUUUGUUCUGCAAGAUGAGGUUCAAAGCUAUCAUUGGAAUAAUUCUCAAUGUACAAUUCAUCCAUUUGUCGUUUAUUUUAAUGAUAAUGGUACACUAAACCAUUUAAGUUUUGUGGUUAUUUCGGACAUUUCAAAGCAUGACACAGUAGCAGUUCAGUUGUUUUCUCAAAAUUAUUAG